ACAUUGAGCAAUAACACGAGGCUGAGCACUCUUUGGUAAAAUGGCUCCAUUAGGACUCAUAAUGUUCUCAUCGGUGCUGCUGGCUGGAGUCUGGGCUGCAGGACCAAAAACAUUGAAGGUGACAUCGAUCAAGGAAGAACCGUACGCGAUGUCUAAAGGCUCUGAGCUGGAGGGCUUCUGUAUUGACCUGCUCUCAGCCCUCUCAAAGAAACUGGACUUUAAGUACAGCAUUCAGCUGGUGAAGGACGGUCGGUACGGUGCGAUGGAUGACAGAGGACAGUGGAGCGGAAUGAUCGGAGAGGUCAUCCGAGGGGAGGCAGAUAUAGCUGUGGCACCGCUCACUGUUAUAGCUAAACGUGAGAUGGCCGUGGACAUGAGCAAACCCUUCAUGCAGACGGGCCUCAGCUUCAUCCUGAGGAAAGAUCUGCUCUCAGAAGACUCACAGUUUCUCAGUCUUCUCAAGCUCUUCUCCACUGACAUGUGGAUGGGUGUACUGGUCGCUUACCUCCUCACCUCUGUCUGUAUCUUCUUAGUGGCAAGGAUUAGUCCGUGUGAAUGGGAGCAACCAGAGAAAGAGCAGAAUUCAUUUACACUCUCUCACAGUUUUUGGUAUACUGUUGGAGCGCUGACUCUUCAGGGUGCGGGUCCUCACCCCAGGGCUCUCUCGGGACGGGUCAUCACCGCCAUCUGGUGGCUCUUCUCAUUGGUGCUGUUGGCCUCUUUCUUCGCCAGUCUCAGCUCAUGGCUUCAUUCAGACAGCCAAGAGCUGUCCAUCAAGAGCUUUGAAGACCUCGCCAACCAAAACGUCGUGGAGUACGGCACCAUUAAAGAUUCCUCCUCUAUGAGCUUCUUCAAGAACUCAAACAACCCCACGCACCGCCGAAUCUACGAGCACAUGCAGAAAGCUCAGAGUUAUUCCCUCAACGCAGACGAAGGCUUCCGUAAGGCUCAGAAAGGAAGCUACGCCUUCAUCGGCGAGUCUGUGUCUCUGGACCUGGCCGUGGCCAGAUACUGUAACCUCACACGAGCCCCUGAAAUCAUCGGCAUGAGAGGAUACAGCAUCGCCGCUCCGCUAGGUUCUCCUCUGAUGAAGAAUCUGAGUGUUGCUAUUCUCAGUCUCAGUGAAUCGGGCGAGCUGGAUUAUUUGCGCAGUAAGUGGUGGGCGAGCAGUUGUGUGGCUCGGGACGGUAAGAGCGCUCCGCUGAAGGCCGGCAGUCUGAAGGGAAUCUUCUUGUUACUGGCACUGGGUCUGGGUCUGGGGCUUUUCAUUGCUCUCAUGGAACUGGCCACCAAAUCACGCAGCGUCGCUAAAUCUCAGCAGAAAUCCUGCUGCUCUGUGCUGUCGGCUGAACUCAGUCAACGCUUCAGAGGUGGAGACGUCACAUCAGCCGAAGAGAAGAGCAAAGCUUAAAGCGCAGCGACACACACACACACACACACACACGUAUUCAUCUCAACAUCACCACCACACACACGUUCACAUCCACAUCGCUCAAUAAAUAACAAGUCACAAUCAAAAGAGAAACACAAGGUAUGACGUUUUGCUUGAAAACAGAAACCAUCAGGUUCUCCAUAUACAGUAUAUAUUUUGGAUGACCUGUGGACCCUGAUGAAGGCCGACUGGUGUUUUUAAUACGUAGGCCUGAAAAUAAACAUAAUAUUCAAGCAUUUCAUUAGCAGCCAAGAGCUGUCAGUACACCUUAAUAAACAUGUUUAACAGCUCAAUGACAUAAUAUUUGUGUUUAGUUGUAGUGGAGCAGAUUUCAAUUGACAUUCAACCUGUUUCUUUUGGGGUUUGUGGCGUUUUUGUAAUAGCAGAACAAUGUGUGUUAAGUUUCCAUAGAUGACUAAACUGUAGUUUAAGAGAGGAUUUGAAUCUCGUGUCUACUGUGUAAAUCCACACCCUGAUGUUAUUGUGCCCUUAAAGAAUUAAAUAUAACGCUGAAAGAU